AUGAGCCCUAAAACAAUGCCCAAUGAAACAGCUCUUUAUGAAUUCCUUAUCUUGGGCUUCUCCAGUCUUCAGGAGUUGCAGCUGCUGGUCUUUUUUAUCUUCCUUGUCACAUACAUCUGUACUCUGGUGGGGAAUAUCUCUAUCAUUACUGUUGCCUUCCUGGACCCUCAGCUUCGCACACCCAUGUACUUCUUUCUAGGGAACCUCUCUUUUCUGGAUAUCUGUUAUACAACCACCAAUGUACCUCAGAUGCUGGUGCACCUCCUCUCUGACAGGAAGAGCAUCACAUACGCUAGCUGUGUAAUUCAGCUCUAUUUCUUUGUCUCAUUUGUGGGCACAGAGUGCAUCCUUCUAGCUGCCAUGGCCUAUGACCGCUUUGUUGCUAUCUGCCAUCCUUUGAACUAUGCAGUCAUCAUGAAAAAAGCACGUUGUCUCCAGUUAGCCUGUGCCUCCUGGGCAAGUGGUUUUCUCAACUCAGCUCUGCACACCUACCUUACUUUCCACCUGCCAUUUUGUGGGGCCAAUCAGCUCAAUUAUUUCUUUUGUGAUAUCCCUCCCCUCCUGAAGCUUUCCUGUGGAGACACCUCAGUUAAUGAGAUCAUUCUGCUUGUUGUUGGGGUCUUCAUAGGAUGGACACCCUUUGUCUGCAUAGUCCUCUCUUACGUCUACAUCAUCUCCACUAUCUUGAAGAUACACUCCAAUGAAGGGAGAUUCAAGGCAUUCUCCACCUGCACUUCACACCUGACUAUUGUCCUCUUGUAUUAUGGGAGUGCCAUCUUCACCUAUGUUCGGCCGAUAUCAACCUACUCAUUGGAAAAAGACAGACUCAUCUCUGUGCUUUACAGCAUUGUCACCCCCAUGUUAAAUCCUUUGAUCUACACCUUCAGAAACAAGAAUAUUAAAGCUGCUCUAAAAAAAACAUAUCUGCAGAAACAAUAUUUAAAAUCAAAGUGUAAAUGUGUUUUAUCAUGUCUUUUUAAAAAUAUUUAG